AUGGGAGCGGCGCGUGUGAAGCGACGUUUCAGUGCGGUGGUUGACGGGCUGGUAGACGAGGAGGAAGUCAUUAAGCUGGCUCUGAGUGUUGCUGACACGGCCAGGGUGGGGGGGAGCACGGGAGGCUCAGGGAGCCCCACCAGUCUCUCUCCCACACACAACCGAAAUGGCAAAGCACUCCCCCUGCAGGGCAACGGCAGCAAUGCACGGAGGCCCAGCGGAGCCCUGGAGGCAGGAGGAGGGGAAGGAUUGAUGAAAGGAGGAGGGCGCUCAGGACUGAGGGGUGGGAGGGGCGGAAGUCUGGGGAGAAGGGGAGAAGGCUGUUCGUCCUCGGACCGAGAUUCAACACUGUCGUCCCCUUCCUCCUCAUGCCACCGGCCCACCCGGCGCUCUAGACGCCGGCCCCGCCACCGCUUUGUGGGCAAGGACGGGCGCUGCAACGUCACCUUCGUCAACAUGAGCGAGAGGGGCCAGCGUUACCUCAGCGACCUCUUCACCACCUGCGUGGACAUCCGCUGGCGUUGGAUGCUAGUCAUCUUCUGCCUCUCCUUCCUCCUCUCCUGGCUGCUCUUUGGCUUCGCCUUCUGGCUCAUUGCCGCUGCGCACGGGGACUUCGCCAUCCGCCUCAACCCCAGCUCGGGUGCCUCUUCUGGGGGAGGAGAUGAGUCCGGGGCAGGGGCGGUGGUGGAAGUGGAGGAAACGUGUUUCGUUCAGGUGAACAGCUUUAUGGCGGCCUUCCUGUUCUCCCUGGAGACGCAGACAUCCAUUGGUUACGGCUUCCGCAGCGUGACCGAGGCCUGCCCCCUGGCGGUGAUGGCGGUCGUCUUGCAGUGCAUUGUGGGCUGCAUCAUCGACGCCUUCAUCAUCGGAGCGGUCAUGGCGAAGAUCGCUAAGCCCAAGAAGCGUAACGAGACACUGUUGUUCUCUGACACAGCAGUGGUGGCGCUGAGAGACGGGAAACUCUGCAUGAUGUGGAGGGUGGGGAACCUACGCAAGAGCCACCUGGUAGAGGCACACGUACGUGCACAGCUAAUGAAGCCGAGGGUGACCCCAGAGGGAGAGUUCAUCCCGCUGGACAAUGAGGACAUCAACGUGGGAUUCGACACGGGAACCGACCGCAUCUUCCUGGUUUCCCCGGUAACCAUCGUCCACGAGAUCAACAAUGAGUCGCCGUUUUUCGAGAUGGACCGUCGGACGCUGGAGGGCGACACAGAGCUGGAGGUGGUGGUCAUUCUGGAGGGUAUGGUGGAGGCCACAGCCAUGACCACACAGUGUCGCAGCUCCUACCUCGCCUCCGAGAUCCUCUGGGGUCACCGCUUCGAACCUGUGCUCUUCGAGAGGAAGAACUGUUACCAGGUGGACUACUCAUUCUUCCACCGGACCUAUGAGAUUCCCAGCACACCCUCUUGCAGCGCUAAAGAGUUGGCCGAGCAGAAGUACAUCCAGGGCUCACGCUCCUCCUUCUGCUACGAGAACGAAGUAGCCCUGCAGCUCGUCUCCCCUGACAAUGACCCUGAGGGCAACCCUGGCGGCUGCCCCUCCUCCCUGACCCACCGAUCCUCCCUCUCUCAACCCACCCACACUAACUAG